AGCAGCCCUUCCAAAUAACCAGCUCGUUCUGUGCCCUCCAGAUGGACGUGGCGGCCGAGGCUGUGUCGGCGGCCAAGGACCAGCUUCGCUGAUGCCCUAUCCCUUGGCAUCUCUACACUCGGAUUCCAAGAUUUCAAAGAGAAUCGUAGAUCGACAGGGGAGAAUGGCUUUCGGAUCGUUGUUUUGCUGCGGGAGAUCUUCGGAUGGGAGGGAGCCGGGGAAGAAGGAGGCACCGACGUGGAGGGUUUUCUCUCUCAAGGAGUUGCAUUCGGCCACCAACAACUUCAAUUACGAUAACAAGUUGGGGGAAGGAGGGUUUGGCAGCGUCUACUGGGGCCAGCUCUGGGAUGGAUCGCAGAUUGCAGUGAAGAGGCUAAAAACAUGGAGCAGCAAAGCUGAGAUGGAAUUUGCUGUUGAAAUUGAAAUUUUGGCAAGAGUAAGGCAUCCAAAUCUGCUGACCUUACGCGGAUACUGUGCCGAAGGAAAAGAGCGUCUCAUAGUCUAUGACUACAUGCCUAACUUGAGCUUGCUGUCGCAUCUCCAUGGGCAGCAAGCAGCAGGAUGCCUUCUCGACUGGGGAAGACGGAUGAGUAUCGCCAUCGGAUCAGCCGAAGGGAUUGCCUAUCUCCACCACCAUGCUACCCCCCACAUCAUCCACAGAGACAUCAAAGCGAGCAAUGUUUUGCUGGACUCUGAGUUCCAGGCACACGUUGCAGAUUUUGGGUUCGCAAAGCUGAUCCCUGAUGGUGCAACGCAUGUUACCACAGGAGUGAAAGGCACUCUUGGAUAUCUCGCACCAGAGUACGCGAUGUUGGGGAAGGCCAAAGAAAGCUGUGAUGUUUACAGCUUCGGGAUACUGCUUCUCGAACUUGCAAGCGGAAGAAAGCCUAUAGAUCAGUCGAGCUUGACAUCAAACCACUCGAUUGCAGAAUGGGCACUUCCACUGGCUCGAAAGCAAAGGUUCAAAGAAAUUGCGGAUCCAAAGCUCAAUGGACACUUUGUGAAAGAAGAGUUGCGGAGAAUGGUGCUUACUGCUCUCGUCUGUGCUCAGAGCAAGCCUGAGAAGAGACCCAUAAUGCUUGAUGUGGUUGACCUGCUUAAAGGAGUGUCCAAAGAGAAGCUACUGAGUCUGGAAGACAAUGAACUGUUCAAGUCAGAAUCCGCUGCAGGUUACCAAGGAUUGUCCAUGUAGCAUGGAUAGAAUUUGAACACUAGAUUGAUGCAUAGAUCACAAAAUAUCGAUGUGCUCUUCCUUGGAGUUGGUUUCAUGUUUUGAUGGGGACGUGCACGCUAGAGAUCUGGGCUUUCUUGGGACAUUCCUCGUCUCAAUUUGUAGUUUGUUCUUGAAACGGUGUUAAGAUAUAUGUGAAAUAUGUUUACA